UUUUCCAUAAAAGUACUAGAGACCCUUUAAGAAUUUCUCUUUAUAAAGUCAAAGUCAGUUCUGCUUAAAACCAAAAUCCCAAUCAAAUUGUUUCUAAGUAAUAUUAAGAAAUAGGUGGCUAUAUCUCAAAUUGAUGGCUAAAAGCCAUAUCGCGGAGAUGUCAACAGUCUUGGAUUUCCAUGGUUAAGUAAGCUGUCUAGAGCUGAAAUAGUUGGGAUAGGGAUGGAGGGGAAAUACAAUGACACUGGACUAGAUGAAAAAGUAGAACCUUUUAGAAGUGUAUUUUGUAUGUAAUGGAAUAUGAGAAUGCAAACACACAUUGUUAUGAUUUUCAAAGCUUGUGUGUGUGUGUUUCGUAUUUUUCAUUUCUGCAUGCGUUAAAUAUAUGACUUAACAUGUACAUCUGUGAUAUAGUCCUGUCAUGGAAUUUGAACGUACACUUUUAAGUUCCCACCCAUACACAGAAAAAUCAGACUAUUCCUUUGCUUCUCUCCUCAUUUUUUUUCUUAUUAUUAUCUUGCUUAAUCUUCAAAUACCCCCUUAAGUAGCCCACCAACAGCAAUGAUAUAAGAGUUCAUAUUGUGGUAUGGAAUCAUCUUAGUUGAGAUUUUCAAAGCAGGGUGGGGAAUUUAGACACAUCUUCCAUUAAUUUGAACUCUCAGUUAUUGCAAUGCCUUGGGAUAUAGGGAACACCUGUUAAUUUCAGAUACUUUUUGCUUAUAUCCAUGACAGUUGUAGCCAUGACACUUGUAUGAUAAGAGAAUGUUUGCAGUCAGUUACUGUUACUGCAUGUGUACUUUAUUUAAUUUCUUAAAAUAAACACACUACUUCCCCAGCUGUCUCAGUGAAAGGCUAAAGGAACAGCUGUGGAGUAGCCAUCUCCGCUUGAUGGGGUGUAACUUUAGGAUGGGGUUAACCAUCUUUCUGUUACAGCCAUCUUCACUGAUGAGAAGGAAAGGCCAGUAUCUAUCAACCUCCUUGCUCCAUACUGCUGCCCCUCUGUUUCAUUCUCAUAGAGCUGUCCAUUAGUUACAUGCCACAGUGCCAAGGACACCUUGGAAGCUGCAAUGCAUGAGAGAUUUUAGUGCCACUGCGAGUUCCUAGGUGUGCUCUAUAUCCGAGGACAUUGCAAAAGUUUGAAAUGGAGCAACAGCCAAGACCUGACUACUUCAGAGCUAGAGCUAUGUUUCUUUUUUGUAGUAUCAGGGAAGCCAAAUAUUUACUUUUCACAUAACUGAAAUUAUUUGUUGAAAGAAUGUUAUGCGUUGGUGUAAUGUUUAAAUAUUGUUCCUUGUCCAUGUUAUGACUGAAUGUCCAGGGGCAACUUCCUUAAGCUUUGUGCUGCUCAGUUUUUCUACCUGUAAAAUGAAAAUACUUGUCUCAGAGGGAAAUUGAUGAAUGUUUCGUUAAUGGUGGUAAAGCACUUGGAAAGGCUUGGAAGUGCAAAGUUUUAUUAGUAGUGAAAUACAUACUGCAUGUAUAUAAAUCAGGGCAUCAGGGUAUCUUUGCAGGGAUAUUUGAUCCUAAAAAUGACUUUUAGUCACUCUAUUAAAUUGUGAAUAUGUAAUUUAGAUAUUGCCACUAACACUGACAAUUUAUAUGAACUAACUCACUCUCACGCUCUGCUGCUAGACAGAGAAUAUGGAGAAUAUUUGAUGUUCGUUGUCGGUUUGCCUGCCUGGGUAAAAUACGGAGUAUUCUGUGAAUAUCUCCCCUCAAUCUUACUGUGACACUGCGUGGUUUGUUUUGGCCUCAUCCAUAACGGUCAGGCCAAGAGUGUUAGGAUGCAUGUCAUCUCAUGUGUCUGUACUGUGCCUGAUGCAAAGGGCCCCAUUUCAUUUAGGCUUUUUGGGUGCUACUACAAUAUAAAUGAAAAUUUAGCUGUAAGGUCAUGUAAAGUAUGUAUAAGAAUAGUUUUUUAAAAACACUUUUGCAAGUGGUUACAGACUAACACUAUACUAUUUGAUACAAGGAGUAUCUUAUUCAAUUAAAACUGAAUGUGAUAUUGCAGGUGGGUAGUUACCCCAUGAAUUAUCCAUUAAUUUGGCCAGGUCAUAUGGGUUAAUUCUUCUACUCUUACAAAAAGUACCAUGGUGUUUCUAAUGGCCAGGAGAAGUUAGGAGGUUGCUUUUACUUCUCAUUUAAAGACAGUUCCAGCAGUGGCACAGUGCCCUUUAAGAAACUGAGUAGAAAUGUAAUUUGGACUCAGAGAAAAGUAUGACUUACUGCAUUGCCAACAGUACUUCCUGCACUAUAGUACCUAAGAAUUCCCUGAAGAUCUCCCAUCUAAAUACUGACCCAGUCAGCCCUAUUUAGAUUAUCAGACCUGACAAAAUCACAAACCAAGGUUGUGUGGCUACAGACCAUGCUGUUGAAAUGGAGUAGUCUUUCUGGUUCUGAAAAAAAAUCCCUCCACACAAGGGAUUUUUCCCAAUAUUGUUAUAAUGAUAUUGGUGCAAGUAACCACAAAAGGUACUAAACUGAAGAAUGUUAACUUUUAUUGAAUUUUUGAUAUUCUUGUUGGACAUUCGGACACAUUAAAGUUCUUUAUUUUGUCCUCACCAGUUCUUUAAUAUCAGUGCACAGCUAUGUGGCUGGAUUUUUUUAAGGAAAGCCCUGACUAAGAGCAGAUGUUUUCUCAACAGGAAAUAUCCCCUUGUCAUGAGAUUACGUGAACUGACCCUAAUUAGAACUCUUCACUUUUCUGAGCUAUUUUUGCAUUCACUUACGAGAGUGUUUAUGUUUUGGUUUACCUCUUCAGGAAGCCGUCUCACCCUCAACUUGAAGCUUUUGUUAGGCAUAUGUCCCAAGGCUCAGAAGCCCAAAUGGAUGGCACCCUGAGCAGCCUGCCUCGUUACCCCAGUCAUUCUUUGUGUGAAAUGGGAGAACUUACACAGACAGGUGUUGUACAGCACUUACAUAAUGGACAGCUAUUACGGGAAAUUUAUAUAAAGAAACAUAAACUGCUAUCAAGUGAUUGGACAGCAAAGCAUCUCUACUUGGAAACAACAGGAAAAAGUCGAACCCUGCAGAGUGGGCUAGCACUUCUGUAUACUUUCCUUCCAGAUUUUGAUUGGAAGAAAAUUAACAUAAAACAUCAGUGGAGCACUAUCUUUUGUUCUGGAAGCUGUGAUUGCCCAAUGAGAAACCAUUACCUAGAAGAGGAGCAACGCCGCCAGUAUAGCUUAAGGGUGAAAAACAGCCAUUUGGAGAGAACAUAUGUGGAUAUGGCAAAAAUAGUAGGCAUUCCCACUAGGCAAUUAAGAGCUUCUAACCCAAUAGAUUCUAUGUUGUGCCAUUUUUGCCACAAUGUCAGUUUCCCUUGUACUAAAAAUGGCUGCAUUGACAUUGAACACUUUAAGGUAAUUAAGACACACCAGUUAGAGGAUGAGAGAGAAAGACAAGAAAAGAAACUUUAUUUCUGGUAUGCACUACUGGCUAUUCAUCCUCUCCUUAAUCAGACUGUUAACCGGAUGCAGCGCAUUGCAGAAGGCAAGAAAGAAGAAUUAUUUGUCCUUUACUCAGCUCAUGAUGUAACCUUGUCACCUGUUCUCAGUGCCUUGGGCAUUACAGAAGCCAGGUUUCCAAGAUUUGCAGCCAGAUUAGUCUUUGAGUUGUGGCAGGAUGGGAAAAAACCCAGAGAACACUUUAUCCGCAUCCUAUAUAAUGGGUUUGAUGUCACAUUCCAGACCUUGUUUUGCCGGGAGCAUAACAUGCAUUCCAGCAAGCCCAUGUGUCCUCUGGAAAAGUUUGUUCAUUUUGUCAAAAGGGGCAUGUUUUCAGUUUUUAAUAGCACUAAUUAUUAUGAUGCAUGUCGCAGGAGACCAUUUUAAAGGGGGGUGUUGAGGAGAGGAAGAAAUGUUAAUUUGUGUUUUGACACAAGGUCUGUGUGUCUGUAUUGGUGGAGGGGGUCGAGUUCACCUUUUGGGUUUCCCAGUUCUUGUACAUUAAAGUACAAAAUAUUGCUUGAAACAGAUUUUAAUACAGUUGUAUUUUCAUCAGAAGACAUUCUAGAUGUUCUGGAGUAGAAAAUAAUUUGCUAGGUUAUUUUAGUAUGCGUAUGAACACAUUUGCUAAAUUAUCUGUAAUUAAUUGAUAAAUUAAAUAUGCUACUGUAAACUGGACAUUGCUUGAAAAAGUUUGAGAGUAUAGGUUUGGUUCCUCUGUAUUCUAGGGCAAUAUUUGGACACUGCAAGUUACCAUUUAUAAACAAAAUCGGUUUUUUCCACCAUAUUAUCAUGAUAAUUUUAAUACAUAAGGAGCACACUGGAUCAAAAGUAUUUUAUGAAUUCCAACCAUCUUUAGUAUAGUCUUGCUAAAGAAAUCCUGUGACAGGAACAUCCUUCCCUUUGCCAGAAAUAUUAGGGGACAAGUUGGCGGAAAUACACGCAUGUGUUUGAGCAUGCGCAAAUGUAUGCAUGUUUUUUUGCACACAGCCUUCUGAAAACUUGUCCCUCAGGUAGGUAUGCUGGAUAAAUGGAUAUAAACUUCUCUUCUUUGGCCUGGUCCACACUAACCCCCCACUUCGAACUAAGGUACGCAAAUUCAGCUACGUUAAUAACGUAGCUGAAUUCGAAGUACCUUAGUUCGAACUUACCGU